GGACAUCGGGCAAAGUCCACGGAGUCGUCGUCAAUUAUCAUCUAUUUACUUGGCAGUUAAUAAUUUCGCCAGGGCGCCGGCAUAGUUGCGGAUUAAUUGUAAUUUGUGUGCUACUUUCCAGCAGUUCCAGCUUGUUUGACGAUGUCGCGAGUUUUGGUUGGGGUCAAGCGUGUAAUUGACUAUGCGGUCAAGAUUCGCGUCAAGCCGGAUAAGUCCGGGGUCGUGACCGAAGGCGUGAAGCAUUCGAUGAACCCCUUCGAUGAAAUCGCCGUAGAAGAAGCAGUCAAGCUGAAGGAGAAGAAAAUUGCGUCUGAGGUGGUGGCCGUUUCCGUUGGGCCUGCUCAGGCUCAGGAAGUCCUACGGACGGCGCUGGCCAUGGGUGCCGAUCGAGGCAUUCACAUCGAGGUCACGGGCAAGGACUACGAUCUGCUGCAACCGAUUCACGUAUCGAAGAUUCUUGCCAAGCUGGCCCAGGAGGAAAAGGCGGAUCUGGUGAUUCUGGGCAAGCAGGCCAUCGACGAUGACUGCAACCAGACCGCGCAGAUGACGGCUGCGCUGCUCGAUUGGCCGCAGGCCGCUUUCGCCUCGAAAGUCGAUAAGGAGGGAGAUACGCUGACGGUAGUUCGCGAAAUUGACGGUGGGCUCGAAACGAUUAAGGCCAAACUGCCGGCAGUAAUCAGUGCAGAUUUGCGCCUUAACACUCCGCGCUACGCAACGUUACCGAACAUCAUGAAGGCCAAGAAAAAACCCAUCAAAAAGGUUGCUCCGAAGGAUCUAGGGGUCGAUACGACGCCUCGCAUUGAGAUUGUUUCCGUGGAGGAUCCCCCGGUUCGACAGGCUGGAUCGGUUGUGCCGGAUGUUGACACGUUGCUUACGAAGCUGCGUGAUGGUGGACACAUCAAGUAGAGUGAAAUGGAUUUCCGGAAACUAGCGGAAGGUUUUUACAGGAAUCCAAUAUUCCAUGGUCGCGAGUGUGCAGCUGAAUUCGAAUUAGAGCCAAGCUUACUGGGUGUGUCGGAACCGGUGGAAUUUGUUACAGUCUAUCCAUUUUGUAUUGGACAAAUAUACAGUAAAACGAUGAGAAGAAACUGA